AUGGGCGGGAAGGAGCAGUGUUUCAGCGCGUUAGGCAGGCGGUGGGCCAGGGGCUCUGUGGAGAGCAUGCACAAGGUCCACAGCUGCAGACGGCGGGCGAGGGUCUUCGCAAUCGGCAACGUCGACAACAACGGCACAAAGACACCGCGAGGGGAGCUGCCCACUCACGGACAGGCACAGGGCCCAGCGCAGGGUUCGCAUACGCCGCCCAGCCCAUCUGAAACCUUGACAGGGCCUGCGCUGGUUCCUGGCGCUAGCAGGCUACGGCCGAACGUCAAGACUCAAGACGGACAGGCCUCUGCUGGAUCCAUGGUUCUGCGCUCGUGUGCAGUCCUGCGGCGGGCCGCUGGUCAUCCACCAGAGACAGAGACAGAGACCAGAGACCAGAAGAGAGAGCCACGAAGACGCGCAUUGCCUGGCCUGGCGCAUAAUUGGAUUUGGAAUGCAGACCUUGUCACACUGCCGCCCUGA